UGAAAUGCCAUGCGGUGGCUGUUUGCUAGCGCUGUAUCGAAAUCACCUUUCAUUCUGUGAUCAAUCGUACCCGUAGUUAGUCGCGCAUUGGGUCUCGCUGCGCCAGUUCCUAAGAGACAAAAGCUACGCCGUCGUGUCUGUAGCCCCAACAUAGUCCUCGUCCUCGUCGUGGUCUUCGUCGUCGUCGCGGAGGCAAUUGAAAGGGAUUUUGAUAGUUUUUUUUCUUUCGCCUCGUCGUAUAGUUAUUGUUUGCCAAGCGGAGUUGGGAGGGUGGUAGCAGAAUAACUAUUUUUUAGAAUGAAUUACAGACUGUUGGUAUGGCUGUGUCUCCUGGUGCCAUUGGUGGCGUCGUUGCCUCAAGAGGAAGGUCUUCGAUCGUUGCUGUUGCGAAGAGGAGGACGCGUUGGAACUAAAGUUUACAAGCACGACGACCUGAGCCGACCUGGUGUCCCAAUAGCUGACGCUGUUGAAGCCAAAUUCGAAGAUGCCAAAACCACAGAAGCUACAACCACUACCACCAGCAGUACCGUAGCUCCAGUUCAAAAGAAGGGUCUGCAUCCACUAUUGGCUCGUAAGAAGUUUGCCUAUUCUCCAAAGGAGGCCAAGGCCAAGGCAACUGAAGAUUCCGGAACUCCAACCACUACUUUGAAAACUACUACUACUACUGCUGAGUCCUCCGAAAGUUCUUCUGUUUCUUCUUUAGCAACUCGUCGAACCCGGCCUACUCGUCCAGCACCGGUAGCUCGUGCUUCCGCCCCUAAGGCUGGAUUACCUUCUCGUGUUCCCAGAACUACCACUAAACGGACAACCACAACUCCCGAACCGGAAACCUCAUCUGUAACUACUCGCACUACCAGACGUCGCGGUGGACGUCCUACGCGUCCAUCUGGAUCGCAAUUCCUAGCUGGUAAAACGUCAACCACCACAACAACUACCACCUCCACCACCACGACGACUACCACUCCUGCCCCCACUACAACAACCACCACCACAACGACCACUCCUCCACCACCGCCUUCAACCACCUCAACGUCAACCACUACAACCCUCGCUUCUUCUCCUGCCAGCGCGACGGAAGAGAAAGCUGUACCGGUAGCUCCAACGGUUGCUUCUACCCCGGAAGAAGCAUCACCGUCCUCCACUGCCGCCACUAGCUCACUGCCAUCUUCCCCAGCCUCGACGGCUGCAGCCCCUCCUGCAGUGUUGAGCAAUACGAUUCCUUUGACGGCCGAAGCCACCGUUGCCAGCGAGGUUGUCGUCAAACAUGUGCCAUUGCUGCCCGUGGAACCGGCUCCGGUGGUUGAAGCCCAGUUGGACGAUGUAGGACCAGAUCAGCAGCUAGCCUAAUUUUUGAACUUUUGAAAUGUGCGUGUGUGAAAAUGGGAAUGUUUGUGAGGAGAGCAUGAAGAUCAACCUCGCUGGGGACAUCAUAUGGACAAGUGCUUCGAUGGCGGUUAACUGUUCAAAUUUCCAACCUUAUUUUUAUUUAAUCUCAUCCCGUAGGCUGUUGCUAAUCACCAUCGGCGCUUGUUGUGAUUGUUCCUGUGCGGUAUGGUUCUGUAAAGCAAAGUAUUGAGUCAAGAUAUAAUUUCAAUAUAACAAAUUUGGAAUAUUUUAA